UCCUCUUUCUUUUAACAAAAAAAAAAAAAAAAAACACAUGAUUGAGUUUACUUCAUCAUCAUCAAUCUCAUCUCCAAUCAUGUAAAAAUCCAAUCUUUCCAUAUUACAACAACUAUGGAUCUGGGUUCUGAAAAACAAACCAAAAUGGAUCCGGGCGAAACAAGCCCAUUUCCAGAUGAAGUGUUGGAACCAGUACUUUCAUUAAUAAAUUCACAUAAAGACCGUAGCUCUGUUUCAUUAGUUUGUAAGGACUGGUACAACGCCGAAAGAUGGAGUCGGCGACAUGUUUUUAUAGGAAACUGUUAUUCGGUUUCACCCGAGAUUGUAGCAGGCAGGUUUCCUGGGAUUAGGAGUGUUACCUUAAAAGGGAAACCGAGGUUUUCGGAUUUUAAUUUGGUUCCUGAGGAUUGGGGAGCAGAUGUUCAUCCAUGGUUGGUUGUUUUAGCGAAAGCGUAUCCGUUUUUAGAGGAAUUGAGAUUGAAACGGAUGUCGGUUAGUGACGAAAGUUUGGAGUUUUUAGGGAGGAAUUUUAAGGAGUUUAAAGCGUUGUCGCUUUUAAGUUGUGAUGGGUUUAGUACUGAUGGGUUGAAAGCUAUUGCUACUCAUUGCAGGAACUUAACGGAGCUAGAUAUACAAGAGAAUGGGAUCGAUGAUCUUGGCGGGGAGUGGUUAAGCUGCUUUCCUGAAAGCUUGACCUCGCUAGAAGUGCUCAAUUUUGCGAGCUUAAACAGUGAAGUCAGCUUUGAUGCCCUUGAGAAGCUAGUUUCUAGGUGCAAAUCUUUAAGGAUUUUAAAAGUCAACCGAAACAUUAAUUUAGAUCAACUGCAAAAGCUUCUUUUACGGGCCCCGCAGCUGACUGAACUUGGUACUGGAACUUUCAUGCAAGAUCAUGUUACCCGUUCAGUUACUGACCUAGAAAACACUUUCAGUAAUUGUAGAAAUCUACUUACUCUCUCGGGUUUAUGGGAUGCUAAUUCAAUUUAUCUACCUGUUAUCUAUCCUGCCUGUGCAAGUCUCACAUUCUUAAAUCUGAGUUAUGCAACUUUACGCAGUGCUGAGCUCGCAACGCUUCUCACUCACUGCAAAAGUCUAAAACGCCUCUGGGUUCUUGAUACUGUAGGUGACACGGGUUUAGAAGCCGUUGGGUCCUCGUGCCCACUUCUUGAAGAACUUCGAGUCUUCCCCGCUGACCCCUUUGACCAAGAAGUCGCUGGCGUGACUGAAUCAGGUUUCAUUUCUGUCUCGCGUGGCUGCCCGAAACUGCAUUAUGUACUCUACUUUUGUCACCAAAUGACAAACGUUGCUGUAGCUACAAUUGCACAAAACUGCCCGGAUUUCACCCACUUUCGCCUCUGUAUCAUGAACCCUGGUCAACCGGAUUACCUGACCAACGAACCCAUGGAUGAGGCUUUCGGUGCUGUCGUGAGGACCUGCCCGAAACUUCAAAGGCUUGCGGUCUCAGGCCUUUUGACGGAUCUGACCUUUGAGUACAUCGGUAAAUAUGCAAAGAACCUGGAAACACUUUCUGUUGCUUUUGCAGGCAGUAGUGAUUUGGGAUUGAAGUAUGUACUCGGAGGCUGCCCAAAACUAAGGAAACUCGAGAUACGUGACUGCCCGUUUGGAAAUGCUGCAUUGCUUUCGGGUUUGACCAAAUACGAAUCAAUGAGGUCUCUUUGGAUGUCCGCUUGUAAUUUGACUAUGAAUGGGUGUAGAGUGUUGGCUAAAGAGAUGCCUAGGUUGAAUGUUGAAGUGAUGAAAGAUGAAGAUAGUGAGGAUAGCCAGGCUCAUAAGGUUUAUGUCUAUAGAACUGUGGCUGGACCACGAAGGGAUGCACCACCAUUCGUUCUGACCCUCUAAGCCGACAUGGUCAGCCCUCGCCCGUUCUCCAAAAAGUUGACUGCUUGAACAACUUGUACUUUGUUGAAAAUAAGGUUCUAUUGCAGUAGAGGAUUAAGACGAAAAACCUGUUAGUAUAUUGUAACUUUUAAUCAAAAUCAUCCCCACCAUCGAGCUAUACAUAGAUCUACCAUUCGGGAUAUGGUCAAAAGUUGACCGCCAGAAGCUCGAGAAUGCUGCAUGCUGCCAUGACUGUUAUUAUUGAAACUUAGAUGGAGGAUGUGGGGAUAGAUGAGGUCUAGUUAUUUUUCUUGUUUUUUUUCUUCAUUUGGACAACUUUAGCAUCUUUAUGUGUAGUUAAAUCUUUGAAUUGAUGUAAGUUUGAAUCUUGAAUGCCAAAAUUAGGUGUUUGGCAUUUCGGUCUUGGAUAAUGAUUAUGUGAUAUGAAAUAGAGUUGGAUAAUCAAACCUUAAUAAAAUGGAUUACAUGUUUGCAAUUUA